AGUUCAGUUUGUAAAAGCCACAGAAGACAAUUUCUACAGCAGUGCUGAAAUUUCCUAUGGUGGGAUUCAUCUCUCCUGACUUUCUGCUGUCAAAAUCUGAUCUUGCUGCCUUGCUUCACAGCCACAUCUGGAGUUCAUUUCAUCUCACUCUGAAGAAGAUCAAGACAUCAGAUAUACAGGAGGAAAACCAUGGACAAGAUAAUCACCACUGGCAAACUUAAGGACAAGCCACCUUUCCGGGACAGCAGUAGUGCUGUGGUUCCUGCCAAAGUUAUGUGCCAUAACUGUUCAAAGCUAAAGAUAUUUCUUGGAGCUCUAGCUUUUUCCUUUUUUGCAAAAGGAUUUUCUGGAAGCUACAUGAAGAGCAUGUCCAGUCAAAUUGAAAGGAGAUUUGAAAUCUCAUCAUCAAUAUUUGGCAUUAUUGAUGGCAGCUUCGAGUUAGGUAACUUAAUGGUAAUGGUACUGGUGAGCUAUCUUGGUCCAAGGGUUCAUCGACCGAAAGUAAUUGCUGUUGGAUGUCUCAUCAUGUCAUUAGGAGCAUUUUUGUCAGUGAUGCCUCAGUUCCUAAUGGGACGUUAUAAUUAUGAAAGGAUAGCUGUUACUGUGGACAACUCAUCUACAAGUGUAUCAGCUUGCUCCCCAGCAUCCUCUGUGGGCCAUUCAGUCUCAGAUGCUACGGAAACACCCAGCACAAUGAAAAAUUCAGGAUGUGAAAAAACAUCAAAUUCCUAUCUUUGGCUCUUUGUGUUGAUGGGGAACCUUUUACGUGGAAUUGGAGAAGCACCAGUUAUGCCACUGGGGGUUUCAUACAUUGAUGACUUUUCUAAAGAAGAAAACUCAGCAUUUUACAUAGGCCUGGUGAGGUCUUCAGGAAUGUUUGGGCCAACUCUGGGCUUCCUGCUUGGAUCUUUCUGUGCCAGCCUCUGGGUAGAUAUUGGCGUUGUGGAUAUCGAUGCUAUUAACAUAAAUCCCAAGGAUACUCGAUGGGUUGGUGCCUGGUGGCUUGGAUUGCUCAUCUGUGGAGCAGUGAACUUCAUUGCUUCAUUGCCUUUUUUUUUUCUGCCUUACUCCUUAAUAAAAGAAGGAGAGGAUGAGAAUCCAAAGAAGAUCAGUCAUCUGCCUGUUCAAGGAGAUCACUGUAAAACAGACCCCCCAGCUCAGCCACAGUUAAAGUUCUCUGAGGCAGUAAAAGAUUUCCUACCAACUUUGAAGAAAUUGUUUGGAAAUCCAGUUUUCCUGGUGUAUGUGUUCCUCACCAUUCUGCAGUAUAAUUCUCUUGUUGGAUUGAUAACAUAUGAGACAAAGUUUAUGGAGCAGCAAUUUAAUGUAUCAGUGGCAAAAGCCAUCUUUCUAGUUGGUGUGAUACUUUUACCCAUUACAAUCCUGGGGAUGUUUCUAGGAGGCUAUCUGAUCAAGAAAUUCAAACUUCACAUAACUGGAAUGGCAAAGUUUGCAUGCAUCUCCUUUAUAGUAGCAUAUCUGUUAAACCUCUUGUACUUUAUGUGCAACUGUGAGGUGCUUCAGCUGGCUGGUCUCACAGUGCCUUACUCUGGGUUUAAACAACUUUCCUCCCCUAAAAACAGUUUCAUGUCCAGUUGCAAUGCUGACUGCAGCUGCAAGGUGGAUCAGUGGGAUCCUGUAUGUGGGGACAAUGGGAUUACUUACAUGACGGCCUGCUUUGCAGGAUGUAAAUCGUCAACUGGGAUGGGAAAGAAUAUGGUGUUUCACAAUUGCAGCUGUGUGGAAGGACAAGAGCAUGGACAUGGCAAUGCAUCUGCAGUUUUAGGACAGUGCCAAAGAGAGAGCUGUACCAAAGCAUUUCCCUAUUUUUUAGCAUUACAGACUGCAUGUGCAUUUAUUUUAGCCUUAGGAGGCACUCCUACAUACAUGAUUAUGUUUAGAUCUGUUUCACCAGACCUGAAAUCCUUUGCUGUUGGGAUCGAAACUUUGGGUGGUAGAAUACUAGGUGGACUCCCAGCCCCUAUUUAUUUUGGUGCCUUGAUAGAUGAGACCUGCUUGAAAUGGGGGACAAAAAGCUGUGGGGGAUCUGGAUCUUGCCGAAUAUAUGACACAAAAGCAUUCAGAAAUGUCUAUCUUGGCCUCAUUGCGGGACUACGGGCAGGGUGCUGUGUCUUGUACUUGGUGCUCUGUGUUUUAAUCAUGAGACGCUUCAAAACAGAUGACAAAGAUACGACAGAUAUUAAAAAUGCAGAAGAAACAAUCAACAAAGAAUCAGUUACAGUGAACAAAAAAGAAGCUCUUCCUGGUGCAAAAACCUCAGAAGAAAGUGAAGAAACUUGUAUGUAAAAAAGAAAUGCUUUUUCUUAACUCUGCCUAGUUUUCAAUUUUUUCUAAGCACAACAGGGGUCUACCCAACUUCAGCAGCUGGUUUACAUUUGGAAGUUCAAAAACUACCUUUGAAACAUUGACUUCUAAGUUGUUUCACCCUAUUCUCUUUUUCUCCUUAUCUGAAAAAAAAUAGAGGGGAAAGGUUUUCAAAAUUUGGGGGAACUCUUCCAUCCUUGUAUUCCCAGUCCUUUUCUAGUUUGCCUGUAGGACCAAUCAGGUUUUUUCAGUGUCAUCAUUUUGAUUAUAAUUUAAAAAUGAAAAAGAUGAAAUCUACAAUAAGCUUGUUUUCCAUUUUUACCAUCGUUAUUCCAUGUCCAAAGUCUCUGGUGGCUUCUAUGAUGUGUUUCCUUGUUACAGACUUGGUCCUACAGACCUUGCUCAGGUGAGAGCCCUAGGGCUGCCGGUGGUCAUAUGAACAAGAACUGCACAGAGACUCUAGGGUUUGUCUUGAACACGUUUACAAUCAAAAAGGAUUGCAAACAAAAGAAAGUAGUGUAUUAAUUUUGCAGCAUGUCUCAGUGCUGAGUUUGAGUCAACUUACUGUGAACUGAUGCAAUAAAUUGAUAGGUAUUAAAGUUA